AUGUAUUCUUCUCUGACAUCACGACAACUGCUACCUUUCAGUACUAAAGAUAUUCCUCAGAAAGAAUCAGUAGUGCAGAAUGCAGAAGUUACAUUGUUGGGGAUUAAUAUCACAUUCAGAUCUAAAAGGGUACAAUUUAUUGUGCUUUGUUGUGCAGUAUUCGUUUUCUACGUAACUUAUGGUUUUGUCCAGGAAUUAAUAUUUAAAGUGGAUGGUAUGGAAUCAUACGGAUGGCACUUAACAUUGAUUCAAUUUUUGAUCUAUUCCAUAACAGCGUUAUUGGAAAGUUUUUAUUACGCUGUGAUAAAUCGACGGAGAAUUCCAAUAUUCAUUCAUUUACAAAUAGCGACACUCACUGUGGGUGCAAUGGGUUUCUCGAAUGUUGCUGUGGGCUAUUUGAAUUACCCGACCCAAGUAAUUUUCAAAUGUUGUAAGUUGGUACCUGUUUUAAUCGGUGGAAUUAUUAUUCAAGGGAAGCGAUAUUCAUUCAUCGAUUUUGCAGCAGCAUUCUUGAUGAGCUUCGGUCUCAUUAUUUUUAUCUUAGGUGAUAGUGUGAUAUCUCCAAUGUUUAAUCCUUUUGGUUAUGUGAUGAUUUCAAUUGCUUUACUUUUUGAUGCUAUAAUUGGUAACGUUCAGGAGAAAUCGUUGCACACUUACAAAGCUACCACUAAUGAAAUGCAUCCGCUGCAAACAUAUGGUUACGGUAUACUGUUUUCCAUAUCUGGUUACCUUGGUCUUAAUGUAGUACUAAGCUUAGUACGUACUCAAGGAGCACUUACUGCUGUUACCAUUACAACUGCUCGGAAGGCAAUCACGAUCAUCCUAUCAUUCCUAUUCUUUUCAAAACCGUUUGUUACUCAGUACUUUUGGGGUGCCCUACUAAUAUUAAUAGCUGUUUAUCUUAAUCUUUAUAGUAAGAAUCGCGCAAGUUGGGAAUUAAUUGUUAAGGACUUUAUUCAACAUUUAUGUGCUACGUAUAAUGCCAAAAACUUGAAGUCUCACUCUAUCGAUCCAAUCUGA